AUGGGUAACGUGAGAUCCAGGUUGUUUCCUGAUAAACAUCGCCUUUCACUUCAUGCUGUACAUUUCAAAGUCUACUCUUUCGAUGACCUUUCGACAUACGAGAAAUGCUUCGCUUAUUCCGAAACGUACUCUGACUUGUUCGACCAGAUCAACGUCUCAAAACUCAAUGCGAACAUAACAUAUAUCGCUUGCUAUAGGACCAAUCCUUACUCCAAACAGGAUAUAGAGGCGAUUCGAGAUGACAUUCAAGCGUUCCUUGGACCUACAUACACUGUAGACCACGACCAAAAUUUGAAGAGUUUGGAAUCUUAG